UGGCGGUCUAAUCCAUCUUUCUAUAGGACAGACCAGCACCGUCUGUUACUGGCAUUGAAAUGGUUAAACUGGUGGAGUUGACGCUUUUUGUCGUCGUUGUUUCGAGUCGAGUUGGGGGAAAACAGCGGCAACGCGGAGAUGCUGAGCGCAGGGUUUUUCUAGUCGCCCAUCGGUGUUCGAUGACAUGAGCAGAUUUGCUAAAACACCAAAUUAUGGCAGGGAACCUCAGCUGCUACGAGUCUCUAGAUACUCCUGCCGCCGCAUAGAAAACCCGCAUUGUUGAGCAAAAUCCUUGUAACCGUGAGCAGCAAUAAUGCGAGGCGCGGACAGCAGCAGCAGGUCUGCCGUGAUUGUGCUCUGCCUGCUGGGAUGCGAUUUAUGGACGGCGGCCGCUAAAACACCGCAGGAGAACAGCGAUGCCAAAGAAGUGGCUCUGAAAGUUCACCUGAGUGACGCUAGCACUCAUCAGCCUCUCGCUGGUGUCACCGUGGAGAUCUUCACUAACCACACUCCUGUUGCCUCGGAUAUCUCUGGUGCCGAUGGCAAUGCCUACAUCAGGUUCCCUUAUCGCCUUGGCGACCUUCUUGUAGUGACAGCAACCAAGCGUGGCUAUGUACCCAACUCCAUUCCAUGGCAGCCAAACAGGCUUCCCGUCUUCUCAUCUCUCAGUCUGGAUCUGCUUCCUGAGAGGGCUGCUACUCUGAUGGUGUAUGAUGACGUGGUGCAGAUUGUCUCUGGAUAUCAAGGUUCAAAGCUGCAGCCAUGGGUGCAGUUCCAGAGAAGAGCAUUGAGUCUUCCUUCUAAUGCAACCUACACCAACCUGACCGCCUUCCUCACAGUGAGCAGUUCAACACAAGACACGCAGUACUUCCCCUACCUGCAGGGGCUUCAUCCCAACUACGCAGGCGUUGAUCGAAAGUUCGAGUUGACUCCUAUAGCUGCUAUCAGUGUCCAUCUUUUGGGAAGCGAUGGGGCGGAGCUUCAUGUCAGUGAGCCAAUCAGUGUGAGCGUUCCUCUUCCUGCAAACAGUGGCUUGAAAGAGAAUGAUCACAUCCCCGCAUGGAGGUUUGACCCUAAACUGGGGGCCUGGUUGAAGAGCAGUCUGGGAUACGUCCAGAGAGAGGGGAAACAGUUAACUCUCACAUACAUUGCCCCUCAGCUUGGCUAUUGGGUCGCAGCCAUGUCUCCCAUAAACACAGGUCCAGUGGUGGCGAAGGACAUUAGCACUUACCACACAGUCUUCCUGCUGGCCAUACUAGGAGGCAUGGCCCUGAUACUGCUCUUCCUGCUCUGUCUGCUGCUCUACUAUUGCAGAAGGAAUUGUGCCCGCUUGCGGCCUGCCCACAGGAAGUUUACUCCAUCCUCCGCUUUAGAUGCCUCUAAACGAGACCAGGCUACUUCCAUGUCCCACCUGAACCUCAUCAGUGAGACUCACCUAGACCACAAUGGGGCAGAGCCGGACAUGCACACACCUAUGCUGAAACCCACCCCCUACGACUCCUCCACCAAUGAGCUUGCAGCUUCGCACAGCGAGCUCCAUAGCCGAGGAUCCAACCACUACAAACACUCAGUAGAGAUAUUUCCCCUCAAAUCUGCUUGUUCAAACAAUCCUUCCCAGGGUUAUGAUUCCCCGGCGGGACGUGGAGAGUACCGGCGGAGCUAUACGUCCAUCACGACUUCAUCUGUCCAUCCCCUCCACAUGUCCAUCUCAUCCUCUUCCCCCCAUCCAUUGCAUCACACCACCUCUGCAGGACGACUGUCAUCGAAGAGUAAAUCAAGCUUGCGUGAAAACUGUCUCUCUCCUGUUUCAGUCGCAUCCACAAGUCCUGCCGGAUCCCCAGAGCGGGAGCAAGGAAUCGAGCGGAGGCCAGCCGACUACAUGCUGUCCCGCUCCGUAGACCAUCUGGAGCGACCCGCCCCACUUCCCCGACCUGGAGCCCUGCUCUGCUGCACCUCCGAAUUGCAAGUCAACCAAGGGGAAGAAACCUACCGCAAAGCUCGUCCCACACUCGUCAUCCCCGCCCACUACAUGCGACUUCCAGGGACGCACCCUCUGUCAGGCCAAGCGCUGCUUUUGCAGUCAGACGAACAGAGCGAAUUGGAAAGCAUUCAGGCGGAACUCAGUGCGUGCCAUCAGCCCCAAGGCCAAGUCCCGCACCCGUGGGGCAAAGGAGAGCAGGAAGGAGGGACGCAAGGGAAGGGAGCCGACCGAGGCGGAGGAGUUGAGGAGUGGACGCUGCAGACAGCUACUCUUCCCGCUGAUCUCUCCAUCCCCAACUCGCUCAACCAAGCGGGCCUGGAUGUGGUGCAGAUGAACGGAGAAGAUCAGCUUCUGGCCGAAAAGACUUUGAUGGAGCUCCGGGGAGGAAAGCCGCUCCCUCACCCCAGAGCUUGGUUCGUGUCACUGGACGGCCGCUCCAAUGAGCACAUCCGCCAUUCCUACAUCGACCUGCAGAGGGCAGGAUGCAACAGCAGUUGUGUCGGAAGCAACGACGCCAGUCUGGACUCUGGGGUUGACAUGAGCGACGUCACACCAGGGCGGCGUGUUCGUAAUAAAGUCGGGGUUAAAACUGAAGCUGGGGCUCUGCCUGCGGUGCCCGUGGUCGAAUAUACACCACUAGUGUUUGUAGAGGACUCAAAUGCUAAUGCGGAGAGCAGCGGUAGCCCAACACCAGUCUGCAGUCCUGAAGAACACUCUCAAGGGGGUUUUUUGCAGGAAAAAGAGAGGGAAGAGGAAGACGAAGGGAGUUUGUCUCCCCCGUCGCCUCCACCUGAGCUUCCUUCUCCACCUCCUCUCCCUGAGCCUGUGGUUGAAAUGGCGGAGGAGACGGGGACAGAUAGCGAUGUUUUCAGGACUGAGGAGACUCAAAUGCACAUGGGCAGCAGCCGACCAGAUAACCUGGUCGUCCCUGAUGAUGACGGUGAAGACGAGAACAAGAAGAGUCCGUGGCAGAAACGAGAGGAGCGACCACUACUAGCCUUUAACCUAAAAUGACACGACACGAAGGAUAGUUUACCAAAAAAAUUUAAAAUGUCAUCAUUUACUUAUCAUGUCGUUCCAUACCUGUAUGACUUUAUUCUGUGGGUUGAAGCAUUCUUUAUUCUAACAGUUGAAGCAUUCUUCAAAAAAUCUCUUACAGAACAUAAAAGACGUCAUACAGGUUUGGAAUGCCAUGAGGGUUGAGUAAAUGCUGACAGAAGUAAUUUUUGGUGAACUGUCCCUUUAAGUGCUUCCCCUGUGGUCCCUAGCUGGACUGUUGAAUGGAGUUGCCUUAUGAGCGCAGGUCUGUGCAUGGCUGUUUGCCUGUGGUAAUGAAAGCCAAGAAAGCCAUAGCACAAAUGAAUAUUGGAGCAGCUCUGCCUCACAACUGAAUAAGGACGAAUAAUCUGAAGUUUUCAAGCAAAACAAAAAUAAACAAACAAAAAAAACACCAUUAAAUACCAACAAUCUAAUGCACAACUGCUAUGGCUUUCCAGACAUACACUUUGAGCAAAAAAUAUCGCAAGCCAUUGUAUUGAAGGUGAUAUGUUGUUUAAGCUUUAUGAGAUGCUGCUGUUUUUGAGCAAUAUGACAUCUAGUGGCAACAUGUGUACACUGCAACUACACCGCUAAGUGUUUCCCAGCACUUAUUUUUGAACAUUUUAUGAGAUGACCAGUGGAAUGUCUUCCGCAUCUUAAUGGGUAAAAAAAAAACAGACAAAACCACUAUAAUGGGAUCUACAGUCUAAAUAGCACCCAUUUUUUAUUUUAUUGUUAUCUUGCAUUCAUGAAUAGAAUACAGCUGAAGCUUUGUGAAACCAAAUAAAUUUACAUAAUGCAUCAUUUGUUCUUGUUAAUCAGUCAAUUUGGCACAGAUUUUCAAAUGUGCGUUACUUUUGACCUUAGGAUUACAGUAGGACUUUUGCCAGCAUUGCUUCAGAGCAGCAGACCCACCUGUUGAAGAAAAAAACAUUAUGCAUUGCUUUAAUCUUAAGGAUCAUGUAGCUUUAGAUGUCUCUUUUUUUUUUUUUCUUUUUUUUUUUACCACUGUAUUUUAAUUUGUUGUUUUGUUAUGAUUUUUUUGGGUUGAACUUGCCUUAGCAUGCGAGUGAUGUGGACGGCACAUUCAGACGAGGGCUGGAUUCAACCGCACUCACUCACAUAAACACAAACAGCCACCAGCUUUUCUCUCCCAAACUGUUGUUUUUUUGUUUUAAGUGCCUUUCUAGUUAUCAUUUAUAUUCAUCAUUAGAUUUACUUUUCCUCUCCACCAUUAUCAGUUUGUGUCAUAUGAUUUAAUGUUUUCCAUGUGGCAUUACCCCCCUUUGAUCUCAUUGUAUGUGUGUAAGUGUUUUAAUGUUGUAUCUGGAUAUGCAGUGGGGUCCGAAAGUCUGAAACCACACUAAAAAUCUGGGAUUUAGGAUCUAUUUGAACCAUUUUAAGAUUUUGUCAGAAUUGUAACAAUAGUUGAUGUAAAGGAAAUAUUUAUGAUUUGAUUUAGGUGACUAAUAAAAUAAGCAAAUUUGUUCAUGCAGCUCAAUGUGCUGCUGUCAUUAAAGCAAAAAAGCGACUUUUUUUUCCCACUGCAACUACUUAAAUUGUUAUACCGAAAGUAUUUGUCAUUGGAAAAAAUAUUUAUUAUAAAAAUACAUUUUAUGUUCAAUCAUUCUUACUAGUCGUGUCAGACUUUUGAAACCCCCUGUAUGUUCAGUACAUCUUAUGAUUCUGGGGCCCGUUC